UCAGUGCGUGUGGAUCGCAGCUCAUCACAGCUCAGCGCAGCUCCGAGAGCGCCGCAGAUAAAGGCAUAACCGAGCGGGCAGGAGGGAGCAAGGCAAAGGGGAUCCAGCAAGGGGCACUGAAAAACACAUUUCUGACAAAAGCGCCUCCUUUGCCAUUUCACUGAAUCAGAAAUUUUAGGCAUUGACUGACGCCUGGAUGCACCGACAUCAGUGAACCGCUCGCCUGGGUCCGCGGAGCAGAUCGCAGCAUGUCCCGAAGGAAGCAGAGCAACCCCAGACAAAUCAAACGGCCGCUGGAUGACAGCCUGGAGGACGAAGAGGGGGAGUGCGCCCUCGAUGAAAAUGAGCUUUCCGUGCAGAGAAACUUCUCGGCCGAGAUGGACCCCGACGGUGAAGACAUGGACUACUCCUGCGGCAAAGACGAGGAUGGAGGUGUCCAGGAGACAGGAGACCGGAACAGCGAGGGACAGAAAAGCAGAAGCACACCAGACCCUGAGAACUGGGACGGACCAAGAGAGCUCCAGGUUGUCAUUAAAGAUGGAGAACGGCAGAUCCAGAGUCGGCAGUCGCUUCCGGUGGGCACGACGUGGGGACCAUACGAGGGGAAGCUCGAGGCGAGCCCAGACGGCAGCCUGAAGACGAAGUGUCCCACCCAUUUGUGGCUUCUGGACAUAACCUGGCCAGGUUUGGACGACAGCAAGACCAACUGCAUCAUCUACAGCAGGAGUAAGUACCUGAAGGGCAGCAGUAACCGCAGAUUUGUACGCUUUCUUUUUACUUGAGGGUUAAUUAAAUGUAUGGAGGUGAUUGUUUAACCGUCUCACUUCAUCUGCAACGUUCACGCUUCUUAAUUCAGACCGAUUCUAUGUACGUCGAAUUCACCACAAUUUGCACACAACAACAAAACUGCAAUUUAAUUUCGUUAAAAGCGUUUUUCUUUUGCUGGAAUGAUUUGUCAUUUGAAGCCAAUUCCCUCAUCUCCAGGCUGAAUUAGGCUUGUUCUCUUCAUACCGUUUGAAGACCAGGUCUUAAAUCUCAAAUUGGUUUUCCCUUAAAUGAAGUCAACAAACAGCUUUUUAAGAAGCAGGUUUUCAGUUAACGUUUAACUAGAUUUACUCCUGAGUGAGAACUUAGACAGAACUAAAACAGAUACUGGAAUAUGGCAUCCAGAAUGACGAGAAUGGGUAAAUCUCUUGGAGAUUGGGCAGUGCCAUGCUCCUUGUCCUCCGUCGGGAGUGCAGUGAAAACCGUAGCGCACUGGAAUGUCACGGGUAACCUAAAUAUUCACAGUCAAUUAUAGAGACUUACUGUAGGCGUCAGCUGACCACAGGGGGCAGCGACGGCAGACUCCGGUCCAGCUCGUGCAGAGCACGCGGUCGGCGGUAGAUUCUGCACCAAUGCAAACAGAAGCCGGACUUGUCAGCCCCCAGUAUUGUUUGAGCCCUCGCACGGGGUGGCAGAUGGGACGGACAGAUGAUCGGCCACGCAGGAGCGCGGGGACGGGCCAGAGGGUGUGGAGAGGCAGGGAUUCUCAGGCGCAUGAAAGCAGCAUGAAGGAUGGAGGGCUCUGACAUCACGGCCGCCCGGUCAGGGACGCCGGGCCGCACCCAAUUCAGACGCCGCAUCUGGGACAUGCAGGUUCAGAUGUGACAUCCAGUCUGAGCCUGGGCUUUCCAAACCCCGGUUUGGUCCAGUAUUUCUUUGGCCAGCAGAACUCAGUGGGAGGAGUUGGUUAAUUUCCAAACAUAAACGUCAUUUUCAAGCCAUAUCGUUCUUUCAUAACCCCUGAUCUUCCAUCGAUCCACCACCAGCACUCCCAAGACAGGUCUGCAUAUUUUUGCAUGCCGUAAACCCGAAAGAUUGGGAACCCCAGUCUCUGACUCCCAGCUGUAAUAGAUUUCUCACCAUGUGCGCGAAUCUGUUGAAUAACUGCAUUUUAAUUUCCCGCGAUUCAGCAUUAAUCACUCGGCUGCACUAAGGAGAGAUCCUCUUAACAGACUGCUUAACUUAGUGUUCUCUAUCAGCAAAUCAUUAAAGUUUGGAUAAGCUCUCAAAGAAGAUUAGAGUGUCUUCAACAAAGUCUAAUCUCUUAACUGGAGCAGAUGAUAUAGUGCAAUAAAAAGGGAGAAUAGCGGGUUUUCACAGUGCUGUCAUUUGAGCCUGUAAUUUUCAUCCUCUGGCAAUUUGAUCUCUAUGGCAGACUGCUGCAUCUCCCCUCCAGCCGCAUAGGGGGCGCUAGAAGACGGCUACCAGCCAGGGCGUCUUAUUGUCUUGUAAUGUUUUACUCAAACAUGUUUUUUGUUUUUCAUAAAUCGUUGAAAGACCACUGCCUCACAUCACUGUUUGCUUCAAUAUACACAGAGGUACGAUGAGAUUUGACAUAGAGGAUUUUGAAGACACUUCGCAGGUCUCAUUCAUACUGCAUCAGUCUGUAUAUAACUGUAGCAUUUGUUACCAGACAGUGACCACAAAUUAAAUGACCACAGGAGAAGUUCCAGUUUCCCUCAUUUCUCAAUAUAUGCGUAUGUGCCUGGCUCUUCCCUGCUUCUCAUUCACGAAGGGCUUCUUCCUUGCUGUAUGGGUCUUCAGUCCUGCUUCUCGGAGCUUGUUAUGAACUGUCCUAGCAGUGCACUUCACACCACUUGAUGUUUCUUGUUCUUUCUGAAGUUGACUUGAUAUCAUCCUCCAUUUAUACGGCACUGCCAGAUAAGUUGAUGUUCAUCUCUGGCAUUAGACAGUUGCUUCUGCCUUCUAUCUGCCUGUUUUUUUUCUCGCCGUUCACAUGUGUCUCCUGUUUCAGUCAGUAUAUUGCUGUGUCAGAAAGUUGGAGCCUGGAAGCAGCC